CCUUGACUCUCAAGAGCUCCUCCGCCAAUGGUCGCUCCUGCGUCCGCCGCCGCCGGCCGAGGAGCCGCGCUGCCGCUGGCGGGCCGGCGCCGCUCCCGAUCAGUCGCCUGUGCCGAAGAGUGCCGCGAGCGCUCCGUCUCGUUUCGGCUGCAGCAGGGCGGCGGCGCGCCUCUCUUCUACCGGCCUGCCUCGCGGAUCAUCCGCGACCUCGGCGUGCUCGCCCUCGCGGCGCACGGCCGGCAGCACCAGCGCGCGCCUCGCGUCCUCGACGCCAUGUCCGGCUCCGGCGUGCGGGCUCUCCGCUACUCUCACGAGGCAAACGCGAGCUUUGUGCACGCGAACGAGCGCAUGUUCGGAGAGCACCCGCUCCGCGCCAACCUCGAGCCGCUCCUCUCGGCCGGCCGCGCACGCGUCACCGCCGACGACGCCGUCGACGUCUACAUGCGCUCGCGGCUGGACGGGUCGCUGUACGACCUUGUGGACGCCGACGCGUUUGGCACGGGCCAGCCGCACGCCGCAGAGGCGUGGUGGGCGUGCAGGACGGGCGGCCUCGUCUACCUGUGCGCCACUGACUCGCUGACCACCAGCGGCAGCAACCCGCACCAGGCAGCAGCCGGGUACGCCGCUGUCACGCACAAGUUCCCUGGCUGCAACGAGGCGGGCCUGCGGCUGCUCGUCGGCACGGCGGCGCGUGAGGCGGCGGCGAGGCACCUCACCGCUUCGCCCGUCUUCAGCUUCUUCCACCGCCCCUCCUCCACGUUCCGCGUGAUGAUGCGGCUCGACGCGGCGAAGCGGCCGCCCGCCUCGGGCUUCGCGGCGCUCUCGCACGUCGCUCGCUGCCCGAGUUGCGGCGAGGUGAUGGGCCCGAUGUGGGUCGGGCCGAUGCACGACGCCGAAUUCGUGGCGGGGAUGCGAGGCGACGCGGCGGCACGCGGCUGGAGCGAGCCGGACCGGCUGCUCGGCUCCUUCCUGGAGGAGGCGGAGGCGGAGGCGAAAGGCGCCCUCCUCUUCUACCACCUCGGGGAGGUGCAGCGCGCGCUCGCCAAGCGGGGUCUGCGCCAGCCGCCGCUCGCCGCGCUGCUGCCGCUGCUGCGCGGCGCCGGCUUUGGGGCCGCGCAGGCGCACAGCGAGACGAAGUCCCUCAAGACGAGCGCAACGCUCGACGAGGUUGUGCGCGUCGUGUCCGAAGCCAAACACCGCGCCGGCGUAUAG